CUAACAAUGCCAACAUUUCCUGUUGUUGUGAAGAUUGGACAUGCUCAUUCAGGCAUGGGAAAGAUCAAGGUAGAAAACCACUACGAUUUUCAGGACAUAGCCAGCGUGGUAGCACUUACUCAGACCUACGCCACUACUGAACCCUUCAUAGACUCCAAAUAUGACAUCAGGAUCCAAAAGAUAGGCAGUAACUACAAAGCAUACAUGAGAACUUCCAUAUCCGGAAACUGGAAGACAAACACGGGCUCUGCAAUGCUGGAACAAAUUGCUAUGUCAGAUAAGUACAAGCUUUGGGUUGACACCUGUUCUGAAAUAUUUGGUGGUUUGGACAUCUGUGCCGUUAAAGCUGUCCAUGGAAAGGAUGGAAAAGAUUAUAUUUUUGAG